UGCAGCUUUACAGAAAGUGACUAAUGAAUGAAACAAAUUCAGAGGACGAAGAUGGGAGAUUGGACACAAAUCUAUCGGACACUUUCGAUGACAAACAUGAUAAUUUUAGAUUAUUUAAAGCGUAUAAAGAAGGUCAGUUGGAUUUGAACAUUUUAAGUACACAGGAAGCAAUUUCAGCUGCGACCGCCGCAACAAUUGAUAAUGCUACAAUGUCAUCAACAUUAACAUCAAAAAACGGUCAAAAAGAUGAGACUUCUUCAAAUCAAGGUAUGCUGAAAUCUUGGUGUGCGCCUCAGUCAUCAUCUAGUGAAACAAACCAACCAGUAUCUCCUAACAAACAGUUUACUUUGGGUUCACUUUUGAAACCUAACUUGAUAAGUGAUAUUGCUAAACCUGUUUGUGAAUCUCAGCUGCCAUCUCUAUCACGCGUUCUUGUCUCAUCUGCUAACUUAGCGGAAGAAAACAAGAGAAUACAAACAGGACCAAUUUUAACACCUGGAAAUGCUAUCCUUGUGAAUCAGCGUCAGAGAGGUAAUCCUGUUUUAAAACAGAUACGUAAUGUUGCCUGGGAGUAUGCAGAUAUUGAUCCGGAUUUUGUUGUAGGAAGAAAUAAUUGUAUAUAUUUUCUAAGCUUACGUUAUCAUAAUUUAAAUCCUGAAUAUAUAUUUGAACGUUUACGUCAAACAAAACAACAUUAUCAACUAUCUGUACUUCUUGUUCAAGUGGAUGUAGUAAGUUUAUUAAGUUUACUACAAUUAAAGAAAACAGUUUUUUUUCAAGGUAUGUGGGAAAUAAAGUUAUAUCUGCGACUAAAUUUUUGAGCGUGAAAAUUGAAGUUUUUAAUUAACAGGUUUAUUAAUUAUCCAGUAUAAUAUUUCCUUUAUUGAAAUUGCUAAAAUCACAAACUAUUAUCAUUUAAUGUCUAGGUAGUUAAUCCGGAGUUUCGGACAUAGGUUUUAUAUUGGUUGACAAUUAUUAUCAAGAGAUAUCCAUGACAUGUAUGUAGUUAUGAUCAAUUUAAUUGUAAUGAGUCGGAAACCGAGAUAUUCGACCGCGAAUCUUAAUUUCUUGGUCUUGAUGAUAUGAGUAAUAUACGAUGUGAUAUUUAGGCCUUUUGUGUUUAUCAUAUUGUCUCUGUUAAUGGAUCAUGAUUCUUUCAAGUCUUUUUACUAUUCACAAGUAUGCUAUUCAUUUAAUAAUUGUUACUGUUAUGAUAGAGAUCAUCAAUCAUAAGAUGAUUUUACCGUAAUCUCAAGUCCUUCUUUAAGGGUUCGUUUAUUUAAGGAGCUUUAACUUUCAGCUACUGGGUUUCAGGCUUGAAUCCCUAUCUACUUCAGUACGGAGUGUUGAGUGUCACUGGCAUCCUUCACAAAAAAAUUUAACUCAAAGGUAAAUUCAGAAACCUAUGUAAGGCUAAUUGCAUUCUGUACUUGUAACAUUUAUUUAUCGUCGUAUUCAGAUGAUUCUAUUAUUGUCUGUCAUUUACCGUAAAGUAGUAUUAAAAAAGAUACCUCACACGAAUUCAGUUAGUAAGCUACUAGAUGUGAAUAGUUGCUACAGAGCAAAACCUAACGAAGCCAAAACGAGUGUCUUGGUAAAUUCCAAAAGUUUAAACCUUUGUUUCUUAAUCUGAUUGAUUAAACAUACUGCUAAUUUGGCCAAUCAUUCCAGAAUGAAUAGGUCAUAAUCAACGUAGAGCCUUACAUAUGUGUGUUAGCCGAAUUUUCUAACAUUAACUCAAGAUAAAAUUAAGAUGAGUUGUAAACGAAGUAAAAUAAUAUAUUACCAAUGAUAAUGAGGAAUACACACUGAGAAUAUAGUUUUUAAAGGUAUGGUAAUAAACUUUAAAGAUCCUGGCAACUUAAAAAACCCAUUGAUCUCGAAAAAAUCCUGGGAGUGUCAGUUGUUUGUUUUGUAACUUUUUCAAAAGUCGUAGGUUAGAGAAAGUUCGAAAGCUAAUUAGGAAGUACAUUUUACAAGAAAUAAAUUUUUCUCACGUAUUUUAUGUAAAUGCAUAUUGUAAUCAGCUACAAAAUUAUUUCGGGGUUAGUUUCGUUCUUCAUAUCAGCUUGUAUCAGAUAAACGAUUGAUUAUUUGAUAAAUCAAAUUAUCUUAUAAGCUUCAUUUUAAAUCAAAUCUUUUCAUUACUCAAAGUUUUUUAGAGUCAAUCAACCUAAAUUUACAAUCUCGUUAGUUUGAAUGAUCUAGUUUUUAUCAAAUCCAUAAAAACCAAAUAAAACAUAUUCACUUCAUUUCAGCCAGAUCCAUACUAUCCUUUAAAAGAGUUGUGUAAAAUUUGUUGGACUGAAAGAUUAACCUUGAUGUUGGCUUGGAAGUAAGUUUAUGCGUUUUCAUCUUUGUAAUUUAUUAAUUAAUGAAAUCACUGUCGAAAUGAUUUCGUAUGAUAAACUUUGCCUAGAAGUAGUCGACGAAAAAUCCUGAAUAUAGGUUUCGUGCUCGUCAGCGAAUCAUUUUUUCUGGUUGGCCCGGGACAGAGUGAGUUGGAGAAUGCUGGUCGGCGGCCUAUGCUCCAUUGGGAGCAACAGGCGUAAGUAAGUAAGCUCGUCAGCGAAACGUACCUUCAAUCUUAAGGAAACUUGUUCCUCACGUGUUUCGUACUCGCAUCACCCAUUUUCACGGUCUAAAACGUUACUACUGAAUUUUUUGAGCCUCUGCUGACCAGUAAGAAUGAGAUGUUUUUAAUAGAUUGAUCACUAAGUGGUAAGCCAAUAUUAUGUUUAUUUAACUUCAAGUGCUGAUCAAAUUCCAUCGAUCGAAUCGCAGCGUUGCCACUAGUCUAGAUGAUUUGACAUUGGUCACUACUCAGUGAUCAACCAUUUAUAAAUAAUGAGUUUUAUUUUUUUGUCAAAACAUUUUGAUUAUAUAGACAUUCAAAAUUGAUUCAUUCUGUUUCGUUGUGGCUAAUAAAAGGAAUUAUUUCGACUGAUAUAUUCCUGGUUACACCCAAAAGUAUAAAGUAGGAAUAACUUGUUUUCUAUGUGAGAGGAAUACAUGUUACAUAGUCUUUAUAACUGAUACUGUAACGUAUAUGCUGAUAUAUAAUGAUAAUAUUUAAAGAGCUUUUAUGCUCCAGUUUUUAUGCUUUAUUUGUAAAUGGUCUCAACAAUCAUUGAGCAUUGGGCUUACUAAAAGAAUAGCAAGUGGAUGACACCUCUCUAAUGAAUAGGCUACUAAUUGUUCAAGAGCUGUGAUAUACUGUCUAUUUGGAUCUGCAACGGUAAGUUACGGUGCUACGCUCCUUUACAAUUGAUUAAUAUGCAAACAUUUAUCCUUUUCAACUGCCAAAUCAUAUAUUAACUGACUCUUGCUCCCAGUCACCAGUUCCUCUGUCCAUGCGCCAUACCUCAGCUUGUAAUCUCGAACUAAUGUUGGGGUCCUCAGUGUUACCCACAGUCCUUUUGGUAACAUCAGUUGUUGGUUUGUUUUCAAUAUGCAGUCCAUAAAGACUAGCUUUCGCGACUUCCGAUUUGGUAAUGCGUCAUGGGUUGUUGUUCUGUACACAUUUGGAAAAUAUACAGUACCUUCCCCACCCAACUUUACCUGGGCCUUUCCGAAUGUUUUAACAGACCUCUCUACUUUUCUGUUUGGUUUAGAGUUAAUGUGGUAGUGAAGAGAUGUAGAUAAUAGAUUUUCAACUGAAGAACUUUCAAAAAUGUUCGGAAGUAAACUACGACCUUUUUUCUGACAGCCCAUUCUGAGAAAAGUCUCCGUCAGCGGAAGACUUUGUUAGUUCUUAGUGCUACCACGAGAAUUCCUAGUGAUUUUGAGAACACAUCAGCAAAAAUCAGGCGAUUGAUGUCACUGAUUAGCCCGGCUAAACCUGCGUGCUCUGGAUGAUGGGUCUUCAUGUUGUGACCAUAGGGCUGGUGGUACUCGACCGUCCAGUUUUGCUGCUUGCCGAAAAUUAGAAGCCAUCCACGAAUUUGCACAAUCUAUUAGUUUUCAAACAGUCAGCAAGCCAAACUUCGAACAACGAACUUCAUACACGUAAUGCUCGGGUGACUGCGGUAAAACUGAUGUAGAAUCUGAGAGAGAAGACGUCUAGGAACCACCAUGUGGUCCCACUGUAAGUCAGUUAUCUGCGAUAAGUAAUGAUUUUCAGCAGUGGGUAAUUUGUUUCAGCUCUUCAUCGAGAGGGUUCUGUGACCACCCUAUCAUAAUGAUCGGUAAGGAAUGGUUUAAAUAAGUCAGUAUCGAUUUCAAGCUGUGAGAUCGCAGAAAAAUCUACACUCUUUAAUCUGGUUCCAUGAAACGUACUCACUCAGAAAAAGUGGGGACCGAGGAUGGUGUUUUUAUGGUAAAAAUAGGCUUAAUAAUCAAUAAUUCUCAACAAUGAAGCAGAUACAAUCGUUAAAACUGACAUUUUAUGUGUGGCUUGAAUGCUGUCUGGAUCUAACUAGCAGCAUACAUAGGCUACAAGUAAUAAACUGGCUCCAUCUGUCAGUGUCAGUUCCUCCAGAACGAUUUGGCCUGAGUCCCCUAUAUGGUCAAACCGACGGUGCAUAGUUCAGUUCUGAGUAAUCAAGAGAGUAAAAUUGGAGGUGCUGGGGAUAUUGAGUCCUUAAAGAAAUCUUAGUAGGAAGGAAUUAAGUGAAAGAUUAUGCAUUGAUUUAAAUGCGAUUCCCAGUAUAAUAUUUGUAAUAGUUCUCUGCAAAAAUUGUUCAGUUUUGCAAUAUUUUUAAUGUGUAUAGUGGAAUGAAUUAGAAUGUUAGUUUAUCUUGAUGGAACUUUUAGACAUGCUUGGACUUCUGUCCCUAGUUAGUGGCCUUAGGAAAAUUGGAUAGGAAGCAGUAUCGUCCACUAUCACUGAAGUUAGAAAUUAUUCGCGAUAUGCACAAGAAAAUCAGAAUUGUUAAUCGUCUUUUUUAAUUUCAAAAUAUACCGUUUUUACGCACUUACAGUAUGGAGGAAGCAGCACGAUAUUUAGAAGCUUAUAAAGCCUUGGAAAACAAACCUCCAGAUAACUUAAUGGCAGAGCCAGCCGCACAAACAGAUCAUAUCGCACAAGUUACAGAUUUCUUAACUUCGGUUCGACGUAUCACAAAAGCUGAUGCUGUUUCAGCGAUGAGAAAAUUCGAUGUAAGUGUGAAUAUCUUCUUAGUUUGUGUUGUGUAUUGAGACUAUAAUUUGUGGACAACCUUCGAGCGACGCUGAAGCGACCUUGAGAAUGUCCACCUUACUGGGUUAUGAACAAGUUUGAGGAUUUAAAAUUAUAAUUCACAGCCGAUGGUUAGGGUAAGGAAUUAGACUUAGGGUUUAUGGUGCGAACUGGCAUCAACUAAAAUGUCAAAACGCUAUUUAGCCGGUGGAUGAAUGAAUUUCGCACCAAAAUCCAAGACCUGUUGUCCUAAAUCUGAUUGGUUCGUCCACAAAGUCUCACCUUGUUUGCUUGGUUUUUAAUUGCUUGUGUAGUUGGUAAAUAGCAGCAAUUGAAAUAAAAUAGAUAUUAUUGACUAAUAGUUGAUAAACAACUAAGCUGAGUAGCAUAUUGCUAGUGAAGUAUUCAGUCAGCUGUUUUCGCACUAUACAACUCAAGAUUUACAAUGAAAAAUAACUUGAGAGAACUUUAAUCCCAUCAUCCUGUUCUUGAAAGAAUUAAACGGAGCAGAACAACGUACCAUAACGUCUCUGAUUAUGGCAAUAAGUGUUACGAAUCUUUGAGUGAAGUACACCUGGGUGAUUUAGAUCUACGAUUUCCUGUUCAUCAUUUUUAACGAUCUAUAACAUAUUUAAGUUAAAAUAGCUUAGAUCCUGAUAAUCCUAAUAGUUAUUUAAAAAUACUCUAAUAAGCAUCAAAGCAUGUUAUUAUUUAAUUCAUUUCAAUUUAGGUUGAUGCGAUAAAAUAUUUAUUUCACUCAUUAUUAUACACAAUGAUACAAUCCAGAUUGUACGAAAUAACAACCCAGAACAUUUUAAACUUAAUAAUUGACUAGUAUACAUGUAAUCAAGGCAGAUGAAUUAAAACGAAUAUUUGGAGGUUUAUAAAAACUGAUUUGCUUUCGUAUUCUAUUGAUAAGUGAAUAAUAAAAUUAAUAAUAGCAGGUUAGUACGUAAAUCAUAAGUUGUUUUGAAAUAAAUUUUUUAAAUUUUACAUGUGACUUCAAGGCCGGUUAGUUAUCACGUGAUUUAUUCACCGGUCGAAAUACGACUUAUUAACUCUUGUACUGUAUUAAACCAAUGAUGUUCGACCGGUAUGAGCAGCCUAGCGUCCUUAUUGAUCCUUUGCUUCCCUAGCCCGUCCAGUUGAGUCCAGAACACCAAUAACAGCUUCCGCCAUGCGAAUCAUUGAUUUCAAACAUGCUUGGUUUAUAUUACCAGCCGAACAGACCGCAUCAUACCAUGAAUUAGGAAAUAACAUCUAUACAAGAUCAAGCCAAAAAGUGGCUGUGAACGUGGGAGACGAUAACAAAUAAACUGAACAUAAUUUAAGAACAGUAAAUCGUACAGUAAUGAUUUAUAAGUCAAAAUGGAUCUUAUAAUAAGAGGAAUAUAGAUAUACCUAAUUUAAUUACGGAACAGUUAUACAAUAGGAAUAUAUAAUAUUAGUCUGUUAAUAGAUCUCAGGGGUUACCCGUAAUUUAAUCUUCACUAGGAUAUAACAGUACAAGAAUUAGAUAGCUUUUCUUAUUCAAUGUAAACUUUCAGACUGUAGCCGACAUAAUACGAGCUGAUCAAUCAACUUUGGAGAAGUGCCCUGGUUUCGGUCAGCUUAAAGCCCGUAAACUCACUGAAGUUUUCAGAAUGCCAUUUAUAAAGAAAAAUGAUAUGAAUUAGAGCAAAAACAUUCUGUACAUAUUUUGCAUAAAUAAAAGUUUCUAUUCUAA